CAGCAGCAAGACAGCAUGGAGAUUACAGCUCUCUGCCUCACACUGGUGAUGAAUGCAUUGAUGCUGCUGGUUGUACAAGUUCAACGUGGAUAUUAUGCUCAGAAAAGCGAUGCAGCUCUUCUUCAAGUUGAUCCAGACAGUCUGCAGCACUUUGAGUACAAGUCUUUCUCUAUUAUUUGUGAGGGGCCUGAUGGCUCGUAUGGGUGGAGAGUGUUGAGGAGGAUCAAUGAGAAAACUGAAACAUGUCCCACUAACUCCGAAUGGCGAAACAGGUGCUCCUGCACUAUUAAAACUACCUAUGUGUCAGACAGUGGAAAAUACUGGUGUGAGAAUGAAGAGGGAGAGAGAAGCAACACUGUCAACAUCGCUGUCACUGCUGGCUCUUUGAUCCUGGAGAGUCCUAUACUUCCUGUGAUGGAGGGAAGUGAUGUCACUCUGCACUGUAAAACCAAGAUCACUUCCUCCAACCUCACAGCUUAUUUCUAUAAAGAUGGCUUCCUCUUCGGGAAUAGCUCCACAGGAAAGAUGACCAUCCACAGUGUUUCUGAUUCUGAUGAGGGUCUCUACAAGUGCAGCAUCUCUGACUCUGGAGAUUCACCAGAGAGCUGGCUGGCUGUCAGAGCCCUUCAAAAAGACAGUCAUCCUUCCCUGUGGGUUAUUGUCACCAUUGUAUUGGUGGGUCUGCUGUUGGCAGUGGGACUGCUUCACUUGAUCAAAAAAAGAGUCCAGCUUUCCUCGCAGAAGCAAACACCACAAUCAGGCUCAGGUGAAGGAGCUCAAACAGAAGAGGAACGUCAACCAUUCUCCAGAGAGGACAGUGAAGUUCACCCACACAUGGAGAUGUAUGCUGUUGUAAGAAAACACAGGAAGCACAGAGAUGGAAAUCAGCCUCUUUACUACAGCUUGAGCCUGGAACCAGGAUCAUUCUCAGCAACAGGGAUUCCCUCAGUGUCGACCAACCAACAUUUUGUGAAUGAGGAUGACUUCUAUUCAAUGGUUCAGUAGGAAGGAAGAGAGAGCAGACUGAAGCAGAAUGGAGGGACUUUGUUCAUGUUGUGUGUGCACGGACGCAAUUUGGAAAAAAAAAAUCACCUUCAGCGCUGCUACCAUAACUGACUGACUUUUUUUGUACAUUUUUGUACUGUUACUGAACCUGCAGCCAUUACAAAGGAGGGAAAAAAACCUCUGAGGCAGAAACUGGCCGAUCAUGUUACAUCUGCAUAACACCUGUGCAAACGUGAAAGAAAUAUUAUUGUAUAUUAAUAAUAUGAUUGCUUGAUUGCUGUCACUAGCCUUGCUAACUAGUUUGAUAGCUAAUAGCAAAAGAAACAUCAGUGUUGUCAGCUUUUUAGUAUAUAAAAAACGAAAAACUGUAACAUUUUAAGAAAGUUCACUGUUGUACACCAUACCAUCUGUAACAUCUGCAUUUAUUAAAAAAAAAAACAAAAAAAAAAAAACAAAUAUAAAGCCUUCAGCUGAUGAUCCACAUAAGCUGAGUGUGGAUGAGUGAUACAGUUUCAAACACUGUAAGAGUGUGAGCUGCAGUGUUGUCUGUAUUCCCAAUGUGUUUUGUACAUUUAUACUUAAAAUCACUCAUGAGGACAGUAAACAUUAUGUACACUAACGGUUAAUGACAGUGCACCUCCCCGAAAUGGAAACUAUUUCAACCAGAAAUGAAAGUACACGGAUAUUUCACAAUGUCUCACAUCUUCAGGCUUGAGAAAUAAUUCUCAGAUUCAGGAUCUACUUUUUUAACCGCAUGCUUUGUUCUAGGUUUUUAAAGGGGAACAUGCAAACCACCCGGCGCUCUCUUCUACGCCUCUGUUUCUGUUCUAGAGGACGCUGUUGAGAACAGCACAAGCAGUGUUUCCCUGAAAAACUCACUAUGUGGUUAAUAGCAAAGCCAAAGCUGGCCUUGAAACGGUCCUAACACGGUUGCAUUAUGUGCUGUUAUGAUCGGUUGUUGUCAUGGUGUCAAACCCCUCAGGUUUCUCUGUGGUCAGGAGGAGCUCACAGCAGCUACAUGGCUGCAUGAACGCUUUCGGAAAUACAGCAACAUCAACUAAAUUAAGUCAAGUCUUGAUGCAGAGCACCAGAGAUGUAACUCAAGUUUCUCUAUGAGUUUAUCCAAUAAUCUUUUGUUUUUGUUUUUUUUUUUUA